AAAAAAAAAAAAAAAAAGGAAAAGCAUUCCGUGGAGGGUGGAGCGGUAUCGCUGGUGAAUUUAGGAACAUGAACGUUUAGCUUCCUCAAGAGCGCUCGAUGGCGGCAAUCAGGACCAUCGCCACAAGUUUCUUCCAGUCUUCAUCGUUUUCAACCUUCAUUCGCACCUGUAGCACACAUGGUCCGCGCAUCCGUCCUCCCAUCUGCUUUAUUACCCGUCCAAUCAGCUACGCUCCAAUCCGAUGUGCGGCAGCGACAGAUUCCGGCGGUGGUGGCCAUAAGAAGGCUUCGGCGCGGAUGUCUCAGGUUCAUCAACUCUUGCACGAAGCUGAGGAGAGAGCUGCCGGCCACAAUGAACCUAUUCCAACGAUUACUUUAGAUCAUGUCAGUGUAAGCUUUGCUAGGAGUGGUGGGCCUGGAGGUCAAAAUGUUAACAAAGUGAACACCAAGGUUGAUAUGAGGUUUAACAUUAAAGAUGCAUACUGGUUAAGUGAGAGAGUGAGAGAUAAGAUCUUGCAAAUGGAAAAGAAUCGAAUCAACAAAGAUGGGGAGCUUGUGAUUUCUUCAACAAAAACCAGAACACAAAAGGGUAAUAUCCAGGAUGCAUUGGAGAAACUUCAGGAAAUCAUUAAUGCUGCAUCUUACGUCCCACCACCCCCAUCACAAGAACAAGUAAAGAAAAUUAACAAAAUAGCUGCUAUAUCAGAGGCAAAAAGGUUGCAGAGUAAGAAGGUCCUUUCACAAAAGAAAGCAUUUAGAAGAAGCAAAGACAGUUAUGACUAAAAAUUAUUAUGACGCUUCAACUGAAAAUACAACUCUUCAUGCAUCGUGAAUAUGUUUCUAUAGAUGUACACUGCAGUGGAUAUGAAAGAGGGGAAUUGUUACGCUUGUAUAUGUAAUAAAGCCUAAAGCUGGUAUUCCAAUUCUGUAUACAAGCAAUAAAGCGUUAUGCAUGUAUGCAUACAAUAAAGCUUAAAGUAGGUCUACAAGCAAUAAUGCAAGCAGAUAUGGAAGCAAGAAAGAGCUCAACCAGUAUACAUGAAAUAAACCAUAAAACAUGUAUACAUUAAACAUAAAAAAUUAUACAAGCAAAAAAAACGUUAUACAUACAGAAUACAAAAGAACAUAAAACAUAGUUACAUGCAAUAAAACAUAAACCAUUUAUACAUAUGAUAAAAGCAUGCAACAUUUCUAGUGGCCGGAUUUGUAUUAAAACCAAAAUUACGUCUUAUUUUGAAAAAAGCAUCAUGUAUUCCAUAUUUAGGUUAGGGAGAUCUCGGGUUUUCGGAUUGGAUAUCCACCAUUGUUGAUGACACUAAAUUGGACAACACUGUAAUGAGAAUCAAGAGAGAACGAUGGGUGUGGUGAAAACAGUCCAAUUCCACUUUCUCAAUGAUUAAUGAAACAUUACUUGUAUUGAAUUGGGUAGAGUUAUGGGCUAUGAAAUGAUUUAAUUGUUUGAUAAACAAAAGUGG